UGUUUUAUUUCAGGGGAAUUACCUUAAAAGUUCAAUUAUUAAAGAUGUUUUCUUACGUCUUUUUAGUGUGUCCAUCGUGACCUGGCUGCUCGCAAUGUGCUUCUGGGUAAGAAACUAAUUGCAAAAGUAGCAGACUUUGGUAUGGCACGAGAUGUCUCAAAAGAUGGCGAGUACAUUAAAACCACUGAGGGACGAAUUCCGUGGCUCUGGAUGCCAACUGAAGCUCUGCGUGGUCGCUUCACUACAAUGUCUGACGUAUGGUCUUUUGGCGUGGUACUUUGGGAAAUAGUAACUCUUGGUCAACUUCCAUACAAAGGAAUCAAGGGGGUUGUUGAACUUUACGGCAAGCUGAAAGAUGGAAUAAGACUGGAGAAACCACCUCAUUGCUCUGGUGAUCUGUAUAACGUCAUGCUGCUAUGCUGGCAGAAUUGCCCAGAGGAACGACCAACAUUCAAAGAACUCCGUGCCAUUCUUCACAACAUUUUGCACACCCAAACGAGGACUUACAUCAACGUUGAAUAUUUUGAUGAACAGGCCAUGACAACUGGAUGGGACCAUUUGUAAAGAAUGACAUACAAAGCUAUCCUCUAGUGUGAAAUGACAAAAUCAAACAGACAGACAAAUGAAGACCAGUUAAUUGUUUAUAAACUGAUUUUCUACUGCUUAUUUUUUUUCUGCCUUUCGACAUCAUUAAGGGUAGCGUGUUUUGUCACCACGUUCUUCUGUUGCUAUAUGUUUUUUUAUUGAUUUUUGACCGUGGGCAUCCACGCUUCAAAGCAUGAUUUCCACUAUCCCAAGUUAUGUUAUCAAGGUGAGGUCUUACGGGGAUACAGGUGUAGCUUCCAUGACCCUACGUCUGGCUCAGUGAGGGUUUGGGUUAAAAAACUUCACCUCUUUCCAAGGUGGAUAGUCGCCCGUACGACUAACUAAGGAUGAAUCGAAUAUCCCAAUCGUGAUUCCUUAACAUUUCCUGCAACGAACCGUCUCCCAGUUUUUUCGAUGCAGACGAUACUGUAUCAACGGUUCGAACAUUACAACAGCGGACGUACCGCUGCAUUGCGAGACAAAGGAUGAGAUAAUAUUAUUAUUACGGCACCACAAUAAGCAAUUAACAUUAGCUUUAAUCGCGAAAUUGAGCCGAACUUAGUCUACUAGUCUAUGAAAUUAAUCCUUUCAUAUACAUUUUCAUAAACAAGUGCAACAAGAGAUUAUGAUGACAAUCUCUUCAGUGAAAUUGAUAAUUACUUACGAUAUGACACGCAAGCUUUACCACCGCAUCAAGACGGCAUCCUAAAGGUAAGUUCUCGCCUUUAGGAAUAUCACUAUUGCCAACGCUCCGCGAGGUACACCCUUAAGACAAGCUUUAUCAGACGUUAGACGUUAGGAAAUCUACAAUAAUAAUAUAAACGAAAAAAGGCUGUACAUUUAAUUAAGAGCUAGGAAUUUUUUUAGUGCGUCAUUUUUAUCUAUCUUGAUACAACAGUUAUAUAUUUAUAUAGUUACAAAUAAUUGAAACAUGAAACAUUUCUUAUACCACAGCUAAAACUAAAAAACAUCUGAUCAUGAGAUGAUAUCUAGGUGACAGACUAAGACAUUACAGAAAGGCUUUUAAUAAACUUAGCCACGUGAUAUAUGCAUUCAAAACUGCGUCAAAAUAGCAAGCUUUAGAAAUAAUACCUUUUAAUAACUAUAUAUCUUUUUAAUUAAGUAAUUUUAGUUUAGUUUCUUUGAGUAUAAAUUAUACCAAUAGAUUUUGCUCAUAAAAGUGUAGUUUUUCUAGUUUAUACAAUGAAUACCUAUUUUUAGCUUUCCUUAUCAUAAUAGCAAAGUAACGCAAGGCAGUGAACAGUCCGAAAUCAAGUUCCUGGUCUCGCUGAUGAAGUGACCAGUGAGGCAGUUACAAUUUGGUUUCCUCGUAAUUUUUUGUCUCCUGGCCCUCGUAGAAAGUCACAUUUAUGUACGUUCUCUAUCUAAGACAAAAACGGAUGAAAAAAAA